GGUUUUGCCGCCGCGACCACCGCCCAGCAAAACGAUGGACGUCCUUCGGCGGACGUGCCCGCGGGCGGCGACUUGCAACGCGGCGAGUGCCGCCGGGACCGACAUGCCAUCUCCGACCGGGGGCCGCCUGUAAUGCGCUGCCUGAGCUGCCGUGCGCUGGAGCCUCCGACGCGGUCAUCUUGCGAGGCGCUGCGUCACGCGGUGGCCACCCUGACGCGACUGGACGACUUCACCUCGGAGAAGAUCGGGUCCGGCUUCUUUUCGGAAGUGUACAAAGUCACGCACCGCACCACGGGCCAGGUGAUGGUGCUCAAAAUGAACACGUCCACCAGCAACCGGCCCAACAUGCUGCGCGAGGUGCAACUCCUCAACCGGCUCUCCCACCGGAACAUCCUCCGGUUCCUCGGGGUCUGCGUGCAUCAGGGACAACUGCACGCGCUCACCGAGUACAUCAACGGGGGUAGCCUCGAGCAGUUGGUCCAGCGCCGCGCCGAGCCGCUCUCCUGGGAGCUCCGGCUGCGGCUCGCGCUGGACAUCGCGCGUGGCAUGGCGUACCUCCACUCGCGCGGAGUCUUCCAUCGGGACCUGACGUCCAAGAACGUGCUCAUCAAGCGGUCCGAGGACUCGCUCACGGCCGUCGUCGGAGACCUGGGCCUGGCCGAGCGCAUCCCUUCGGCGGGAGACCACAACCUGAGGCUGCCGGUCGUGGGGUCGCCGUACUGGAUGGCGCCCGAGUGCCUUCACGGGGCCUGGUACGACCAGCGGGCCGACGUCUUCUCGUACGGGAUCGUCCUCAUCGAGCUGAUUGGUCGGCUGGACGCCGACCCGGACGUGCUGCCGCGUACCGCCGACUUUGGCGUUGAUUGGCUCGCCCUGCGCGGCCUCUGCCCCGACGACUGUCCGCCCGCCUUCCUGCGCCUGGCACUCUCGUGCUGUCAGGUGGAGCCAUCUUCGAGGCCGUCCUUUCAAGGGGUUGUAGAGCAGCUAGAGGCAAUGCUCGCAGGAGACGUGGACGCCGACUUGCCGUCCCCCAAAGCCACAGACGACAGUAUUGGCAGCGUGCAAGCCAUCUUUGGACGGGAACAGGCCUGCUGCAGCACAGCCAACCCGUUCCAGCACCGGUUCAAGGACGGUCGGAAGAUUCUCGAGGAGGACUCGUCUAGUCACCCGUGAUGGCUGCCGCACACCGUCCCCCUCGACCCCUUCCCACCCUGCCCCUGCAUUUCUCUAUUUAUUACUGGCGGCCCCUUUCCCCUCGACGACGGACUGACGCCGGACUGCUCGAAGCCGGCACGUGCGCGAGGGGAACUCUUUCUUCCGGCGAGCGGCCGGAGUAGCCGUGAGGUGUGUGCCGCCGUUCCCGCUGAAUCUCUCUGCUUGUGACAUAAAGAUGCCGGUCUCUGGCCGGAAACCCUC